AUGCACUUCCAGUCGCGUGUAUCCACAACCACCGUCCACGAACUUCUCUUCGCCGUCGACUGUGCCCUCAACGCCACGUCGGAAGGGGACAUGCAAAGGAGGAUGGACCUCUUCGCCGCCGCCUGCGGGGACAUCAGUCAGAUCAUGGACACUCAGAAGACGGUUGUCAUGCACCAACCGCCACCCAACACAGCCAACAAUGCGCCGCAAAUCAGCAUGAACUGA